AUGGCGUCGAGUCUGUCAUCCCUGGCCGAAAAUUUAGUUACACCCGAGCAUGAGAACUUCCGUGAGACAGCCAAACAUUUUGUCGCCGGAGAUAUGCCGCUCGUGACUCGUAAGGGGGUGUACCCAUACGAGUACACAGAUAAAUGGGAGCGGCUGGAAGACAGGAGACUACCGAGUAAGAGAAAUUUUUUUAGUACGUUGACCGAGACCGGGAUUAAGGAGGAAGAUUUUGAACACGCGAAGUUGGUCUGGGAUCACUUUGAUUGCAAUACGUUGGGCGAAUAUAGUGACCUGUAUCUCAAAAUCGAUGUGUUGCUGUUGGCUGAUGUAUUUGAAAACUUCCGUGACGCAAGUAUGAGGGCAUACAACUUGGACGCCGACCAGGACUUAGUUUUGACGCGAUGUUGA